AGAGCUUGCAAAAACUAAUAAUGAUAUGGGAAUACAACCUGACGGAGAUCAAAAAGGGUAUUAUUAGCCUACCUCUACCCUCCGUAAUUGAUGGUUGGGAAGAUGACGUGACGAAGUCGUCUUGUACCAGGCGAUGAGCAACUUAAAAAGUCCGGAGGUGUACCAAUACCUACACGGUAACAAAGUCGGACGGAUGUUAUUGAAGGAUGUUGGAGACGACCUUGUCUACUUAAAAGCAGACGUAGUGCCGAGUCAGAGCCUAUACUCAUCUCAUCACAAGGCGUGGGUACUAGCAUCAACGACAAGUGUCAUACAGACAGCGAGUUGCUCAUGUAUUGCAGGGCCAGGACGCUCUUUUAGUCAUGCUGCAGCAAUUAUGGCCCUGUAUUCUUCUUCUUUGGUAUCUUGGCGUUCGCACAUUUUGUUUGUGCAUGCCCCCACCUACUGUGCGGUAGUGUGUGUGGUCAAACAUGUUACAUUUUGUGAUACACACAUAUAAAAGCGAAACAUUGCACCAUCAAUUAACACUAAACAUAUACCACUAUUUCAUAAAAAUAAAAACAUUCCAACUAAACCUACACUCAAAAACCCACUACCCCAUUCCACUACUUGACCCUAUCUGCUCCUGCACCAUGCCAAUGACCUGGGAGGACAGGACACCACCACUCAACACACCCUGUAACUCUUCUUAAGCCAAAUCUCGUAUACCCAAAUACUUAUCUGCAGCUGCCACCACAAAAUCUAUUUUCUGUUAUUUACGUUAUAUUUCUGCGGUACAGUGGAUAACCAUUGCUAUGAAUGCUAAGAAGCCAACUUUACCGAGGCAUAUCACUCAUUGGCCCAUCUGUACUGGCACAGAUCUACUACUCACAAGGAUCCUCUCACCCUUGACCCAUCCUCCUCUACUUUCUUCUCUGCUUCUGCAUAUGACUCCUUUGCACUAUUCUGACUCUGGUCACCUCAACCUGCCUCUAUUGCACCGGACACUUCCGAUCCCCAGCAACAUGAGGAUCCCUAUAGGUGACACAAUUUUAUCCACCAAAACUACAACAUACUCAGUCCCAUGCUCCCCUGCACACUUCCCACAUCUUGGAAUCACCCUCCUACACACUCCUGCAACAUGACCAUAAACACUGCAGUGGAUUCGGCACAAAAGUUAACAGGAUAACAGAUAUAUAUCCUAACAUAUAUCCUAACUCUCCAUACAAAAAAAUCCUUGCUUGGUGUGCGAAACAAUGAAAAAUUGGCACCUGCUGGAGGACAGAUUUUCCGCUGAGUUGGGUCUCUCUCUUCCUCUUUCUCUCUGGUUUCUCUAGACACGGCGGCGGUCAGACCAAAAAUAAUUAUGGGUCCCCUUCUCAUUUGACAUGACCCAAAGAUGAUUUGGACACGUGAAAGAGUACCCCCUGUCGGCACAAAUAACAUGAUGUAGGAAAUGACCAUUUCUAAAUAAUGUUUAGGUAUGUUAUUUCUGCAAAUUCACAGUGAAUAGCGUGUGUAGAUAACAAUCCACCAUCCAAUGUAUGUAUCCUAUUUUCAUAAAAUCUAAGAAUGUCAUUCAGUUUACACUUCUUCCAGAAGUUGUCUACUCUGACGUUGGUUGAAGGAAGGCGUUGCUGACGCGAACGAGUGGAAAGGGAAAAUGGCGGACCUCGAAGACGUUAAACUGGACGGGAGGCCGCUACAAUCACUUCGCGUGGCGGAUUUGAAAGCUGCUUUAGAGGAGCGCGGACUUCCUAAAAGCGGACAGAAAAAUACUCUCGUUAAGAGACUCAAAGGGGCUCUCAUGCUGGAGAACCUCCAGAGAACCUCACACCAUCACAUAGGACUGCAGCCAAACUCCCAGAUUGGUGAAGAGAUGAGCCAGAACAGCUUCAUAAAGCAGUAUUUGUCAAAACAGCAGGAGCUCUUGAGGCAGCGUCUGGAGAGAGAGGCCCGGGAAGCAGUUGAAGAUGAUGAUACAGACAAAGAGGACCACACACAGGACAAUAACAGUGCUGCCUGUGCUGCCCCAGACCAGGAUGUCGCACCCGUGUUUGUUGACCAGCACAAACUUUUUGGCCUCUCCGAGGGAAAGGGACUAGCAGGCCCAGCAAGAGAGGGACACAUGUCCAGAGACGGCCAUGUGUCUCCUCCACCUGCCCCUACCUCUGCUGCUGUUUCCUCUCUGGCUGUGCGUGUAGCUGUUGACGAGCAGAGACCAGAGAGAGUCCCAACCUCUAGUCAAGUCCCAGCAGAUAGUGAUGAUGACGGCGCUGAUGAGGACUGGGAUAGCGGUGCCAGGAGGAGGAAUCUAGGAGAGCCACCAAGAGGCCAACUAGCAAGAGCAAGGUCUGGAGGAUCCCGCCAACACCCACAGCACAUUCCCCCCCUAUUGUCUCCGCAGCUUCGACAGCCUACCCCUCCUCCCUCCCCUCCCCCAGAGUUAUCAUUCCCACUGCCUGAUACCCCUAAACAAAGCCCCCCUAGUCCAGGUGAGCCCCCAGCUAGGCAGCGUACUUCCAGUACCUCCAGCUCUGGCUCCUCUAGCAGUGGCAGUUGUAGUAGCAGCCCAGAUCCACAAAGCAACACAGAGCGCAAGCCUGGCCCACUGACCCUGCUGGCACGCAAAAUGGCAUCAGAGGCUUUCUCUGGAGUUGGGUGGCAUGGGCGUGGAGAUGCAGAGAGGCAGGACAACAAUGCUGCAACUGCAACAAUGUCUUCUGGUAGAGGUCCUCAAGAGGGCACAGUGUCUGCCAUCACCCACACAACCAAUGCUGCAGCCAGUUUGCCCUUCCCCAGACUGGUUCCAGUAACAAACCAGGGAGCUCUUGGAGGCCAUCUCCCCUACAGUGAAGUUCCUGUGAGUGUGCUUAGGCCCACUAUUAUGGAAGAGAGAGAUGCUGCAUGGCCGCAAGAAAACAACAAGGAAAAGGAGCUGCAGGCAGAGAGUGAAAGAGAAAAAUCCCCUGAGCAAGAGCGACUUGGUGCCGUGGAGCCGGAAAGACUGGAGAGGCAGAGAAUAUUUGAGCAACAGCAUGCUGUGGAGCAAGAGAGGGAAAGAGCUUUGGAGCGAGAGAGGAAGGAGAGAGAGAAAGCUUUGGCGCGAGAGCGGAAGGAGAGGGAGAAGGCUUUGGCGCGAGAGAAAGCUUUGGAGCAAGAAAGGAAGGAGCGGGCUUUGGCGCAAGAGAGGGCGCAAGGUCUUGAACGAGAAGAGGAGGAAAGAGAGAAAGCUUUGGCAAAAGAGAGGGAAGAGCGAGAGAAAGCUAUGCAAUUAGAAACGCAGAGAGCCAUGGAACGAGAGCGAGCUUUGGAGCAGGAGAAGGAGAAGGCUUUGGAGAGCGAGAGGGAGGAGAAGGCUUUGGAGAGCGAGAGGGAGGAGAAGGCUUUGGAGAGCGAGAGGGAGGAGAAGGCUUUGGAGAGCGAGAGGGAGGAGAAGGCUUUGGAGAGCGAGAGGGAGGAGAAGGCUUUGGAGAGCGAGAGGGAGGAGAAGGCUUUGGAGAGCGAGAGGGAGGAGAAGGCUUUGGAGAGCGAGAGGGAGGAGAAGGCUUUGGAGAGCGAGAGGGAGGAGAAGGCUUUGGAGAGCGAGAGGGAGGAGAAGGCUUUGGAGAGCGAGAGGGAGGAGAAGGCUUUGGAGAGCGAGAGGGAGGAGAAGGCUUUGGAGAGCGAGAGGGAGGAGAAGGCUUUGGAGAGCGAGAGGGAGAAGGCUUUGGAGAGCGAGAGGGAGGAGAAGGCUUUGGAGAGCGAGAGGGAGGAGAAGGCUUUGGAGAGCGAGAGGGUGGAGAAGGCUUUGGAGAGCGAGAGGGUGGAGAAGGAUUUGGAGAGAGAGGAGGAGAAGGCUUUGGAGAGAGAGAGGGAGGAGGAGAAGGCCUUGGAGAGAGAGAGGGAGGAGGAGAAGGCUUUGGUGCUAGAGCGUAUGGAGAGGGUAAAGGUUUUGGAGCUAGAGCGGCAGAAAGCUUUGGAACGGGAGAUGAAGGAGAAAGAGAGGGAGGAGAAGGUGAGGGCUUUGGAGCAAGAAAUAAUUGAAAGGGAGAAAGCCCUUGAGAAAGAAAGAGAGGAGAGGGAGAGGGCCUUAGAACAGGAGAAGGUGCUACAGAGAGAAAAAGAGAAGGCUUUGGAACGGGAGAAGGCCUUGCAGAGAGAGAAAGAGGAGAGGGAGAGAGCUUUGGAACAGGAGAAGGCCUUGCAGAGAAAGAAAGAGGAGAGGGAGAGAGCUUUGGAACAGGAGAAGGCCUUGCAGAGAGAGAAAGAGGAGAGGGAGAGAGCUUUGGAACAGGAGAAGGCCUUGCAGAGAGAGAAAGAGGAGAGGGAGAGAGCUUUGGAACAGGGGAAGGCCUUGCAGAGAGAGAAAGAGGAGAGGGAGAGAGCUUUGGAACAGGAGAAGGCCUUGCACAGAGAGAAAGAGGAGAAGGAGAGAGCUUUGGAACAGGAGAAGGCCUUGCACAGAGAGAAAGAGGAGAAGGAGAGAGUUUUGGAACAGGAGAAGGCCUUGCACAGAGAGAAAGAGGAGAAGGAGAGAGUUUUGGAACAGGAGAAGGCCUUGCACAGAGAGAAAGAGGAGAGGGAUAGCGCUUUGGAACAGGAGAAGGCCUUGCACAGAGAGAAAGAGGAGAGGGAAAGUCAUCUUCCUCCAUGGAAGCGUAGUUGUGAGUUUGGUCUUACCCCCCUGCCUACUCCUCCCCUCUCCACAGGAGCAGGUAAGAUGGCGGCAACAGAGGAGGGUGGGGAGCCCAAAGUGCCAUCCCUACCCCAAAAAGCAUUAAGAGACAACCGGCCAGCUGAAUCUGGUACGCCCCUGUCACAAUCUCUAGCAACGUCUCUGUCACCCCAGUCCUCCUUCAAGAAGUUCCGUUUCUUGAGAGACCCCAUAGUUCUAUCCCAGUCUUCUGCAUCCGGGGUCAUCAAGAGGCCCCGUACAUUCUCUGAAAGCCCCCAUCCUCAGUCCUUAGCUCUCCAGUCCCCCAGCAAACCUGGGGAAGCAGAGCAGGAAGGUACUCAGCAGGGGGCCCAGCCUUCUGCUUGGCAAGCAGCACCAAAGAAGCCUGCAAGUCAGGGGGUCCCUGUUUCUGGAGCAGACACGUUGGGGACGACAGGGCCAGAGAGGGAGACCCCAGUGAUUGCCACACUGGGCAAGAGUCCUGAAGAAGAAAAGGGUAAGAGCCUGGUCUCAGAGGAGCAUCUCCAAGCACAUAGAGAGGAGACAGACAAACAGGCGGUGGGAGAGAUGGCCAGAGAAGCAAACACCCCCUCAGGUCCAGCGGGAGCUGUGCUACCUCCCUCACCCCAACCAGUGGAAGGUUCGUCUGGUUCAUCAUCAUCCCAGGGCAAAACACACACCACUCCCAGUGGUAGAAGGCCUGAGAAACCUCAGACAAACACCAUAUCCCAGGAUACGGAAACGGUUAGUCAACCUGAGGAUCCAACUGAGGCCCCAAAAGCCCCACAGCAUAAAAAGCGAGUAUCUGUGGAGGAGGAAGAGGACAUAAACGUUGAUGGAGCCAGACACAGGAAGAAACCAUUCCUUGGAAUACAUGCAGGAGAAGACAAUGGACAGAAGGACAGCAAGGGAGAGGAGGUGAAGACAGACACUACAAGGGAGGUGAAUGAGGCUGCCAUGGCUGAGCCUAAGAAGGCUCCUGAGAGCAGUGAGGAGUGUGUGACACCAAAAGCAUUCACAGCCCGUAGGAUCUCCCUUAGCAGCAGCAAGGCCUCUCCAGGUGCUGUCACUGCAGAGGGCGAAACAGAGUCUGGGGCUGGGAGGAAGAGGCGAUGGGGAUCCAGCACUGCAGUCACAACCAAGAAAUCAUCCAUGAGCAUCACCACAGACUCUCUGAAGUCUCUGAUCCCAGACAUCAGACUGUGUCCAGGCCAGGAGAUGGUGGUGGAUCUGCAUCCAGAGGAGGAUCACCUCUCUGGGGUGGAGGGCAGGGAGCGGGGUGAGCAGGACCUCAAGAUCAGACGCACAGUCACACAGGUGGUCCCGUCAGUGACCCAGGAGAAUGGACAGAAGGAGUCCAAGAGGAGUGAACACGAAGAGGAAGACCGAGAGGAUGGAAGGGAGGUUAAAGGAGACAGAGAGGAGAAGAUGGAUGGCUCAUUCCAGAGAGACUCCAUGGAGACACAAUGUACCUCUCCCCCCAGCCAUGACAUGGAGAUGAAAACAGUGACCCCCAGUGACACAAUGAUCCGUCGCUCCAUCAGCCAGCAGAAGUCUGGCGUGUCCAUCACCAUAGAUGACCCUGUCCGCAUGGCCAAGCAGCCCUCUCCUCCACGAGGCAAAGUGUCCAACAUCGUCCACGUGUCCAACCUGGUUCGUCCGUUCACCCUGAGCCAGCUGAAGGAGCUGCUCGGUAGGACCGGCACCGUGCACGAGGACGGUUUCUGGAUCGACAAGAUCAAAUCUCACUGCUACGUCACAUACUCCAGUGCAGAGGAGUCAAUUGCCACUCGUACAGCCCUGCAUGGGGUGAAAUGGCCUCAAAGCAACCCCAAGUUCCUCAGUUUGGACUUCAUUCAGCAGGAGGAGCUGGAUUUCCACAGAGGCCUGCCUCCCCCUGAGAGGGCUGGGGAGGGUGAGCGGGGGGCUGCGGCGGUGCCUGGUCGGGGGGCGGCCCUGCCCCCUCUCCUGCCUGAACGGGAACAGUGGGCGGAGCGAGAGCGUGAGAUGGAGCACAGGGAGAGGACCCGGGCUGAGAGGGAGUGGGACAGGGACAAGGUCCGUGACAUUGGUCCAGGAAAACCUGGAGAGGAAGCGGUCCCCAGACGAUCCCGCUCCAGAGAGAGGAAACGCAAGGAGCGGAAGAUGGACAAGAAAGAGAAAGCUGCAGAUGAACCUCCUGUCAAACUGCUGGAUGAACUGUUCAAGAAAACCAAAGCAGCCCCUUGUAUAUACUGGCUCCCCCUCACAGAAGAGCAGUUUUCACAGAAGGAGACAGCUCAUCAAGAGCGGAUGAAGGAGCGAGAGAAGAGGAGGAAGGAGCAGCAAGAGGAGGUGGAGAAGAAAAGGGAGGAAGAUCGCAAAGAAAAGAUGAAAGCCGCGAGUGCUGCAUCUGGAGAAAGAGGCGAGGGGGAGCGGUACAGAGAGCGAGAGAGAGACUGGGGCAGAGAUGGAGAGAGUGACAAACACAGAGAAGACUGCUACCGCAGACCGGGGGGCAGCAGUGCAGGGGGGGCCAGACGCUCCCGCAGCCGCAGUGACACCCCACCUCGUGACAGACGACGCUAGAGGGAAUUUGUAUGGCUGGAACUGUCUUAAAAUAACCCCCCCCCAUUCCCCAUCACUACAUUUACUUUGUUACAAUAUAAGACCCUACAGUAGACCAACAGAUGUAGUCACUAUCUGUCACGUUUUUUAAACACACACCGACACAGAUAGGGACCAUGGUUUAGCAGUGUUUUCCCCCAGGCUGCUAUCUGUCACGUUUUUUAAACACACACCGACACAGAUAGGGACCAUGGUUUAGCAGUGUUUUCCCCCAGGCUGCUAUCUGUCACGUUUUUUAAACACACACCGACACAGAUAGGGACCAUGGUUUAGCAGUGUUCUCCCCCAGGCUGCUAUCUGUCUUGCUCCAUUAUGAAAGUUUAGAUUUUUAUUUCAUUUUGCCUGACAGUUUUCUUUUUUUGUUUUAUUAUAUUCUUGUGAGAUUGACAGUAAGGCAACCCCCCCCAUACGUAAGUGCUUUACGUAGAGUUCUAUGCAUACACACACUGGUUUUUGGCCAUCACCAGUUGUAUGUGUGUGUGUUCCACGGUUUCUGUGGGGUGCUUCAUCAUUGCUGCAUGUUGUCCCAGUCUACUGUGCUCAGCCUUGUGUCCUAGGGAGGACUGACGUGUUUGUGCAGUGUUCUGAUCCCUCUGUCUUUGUUUAGUUUGAGGGAUGAGACUAUUAUCUGCAAGAUAGUAGAAAUGACACGCUCCUCUUGUGUUUUCAUCUUCUAAAUGCUUCUUUCUGCUCAUCCAAUAGUUCUCCCUGUACGAUCAACGGAAGCUGGAGAAGGGGUGCAUAUUAAAACUCCUCACAAAUGGUUUUAAUAGUUUUUUAACUCAUUAUUAAAGCUUUUCUUUUUUGUUUACUCCUGUGAAUGUACAAAUAAAACAAGUUUGAAAAAGC